CUGUAAGGCUCAUGACCAUGAACUAAAAGGGUUGAGCUGUAAGGCUCAUGACCAUGAACUAACUAAAGGGGUGGUUCACUGGUUGAGCUGUAAGGCUCAUGACCAUGAGUUAUCUAAAAAGGCUCAUGACCAUGAGUUAUCUAAAAAGGUGGUUUGCUGUAGGGCCCACGAUCAUAAACUAUCUAAAGGGGCAGCUUGUUGGUUGAGCUGUAAGGCUCAUGACCAUGAACUAACUAAAGGGGUGGUUCGCUGGUUGAGCUGUAAGGCUCAUGAUUAUGAGUUAUCUAAAAGGGCAGUUUGCUGGUUGAGCUGUAAGGCUCACGAUCAUAAACUAUCUAAAGGGGUAGCUUGUUGGUUGAGCUGUAAGGCUCAUGACCAUGAACUAUAG